AUAAAUAAACGGCACUCGCGAGUAGUUUUUGUAUCGAAUUUUAGCGAAAAAAUCAUUUUAGGCGGUUUUGCUUUUGCAAAAAAACGUAGAGAAAAGUCCCGUGACCCUUUUGUGCAUCAAAAAAUCAAAAAUUUCGGAUGAAUUAACGACAAAUUUUUAAUAAAUCUUCGUAAAAAAGUGCUACGACGAAAACUUGAGUGAUCGGUCGUAAAAGUUUUGUUUUGCUCGUGGCAGUGUCGUAAUCCGCAAGAAACUAAGAAUUUUCGAAAUCGUAAAGAAAGAAAUCAAACAACAAAAAAAAAAACACAAACAAACCGGUAAUCGAGUGACACAGACAACGAAAAGUGCGAUGCGACAUGCAAAUUGUACGGCCUUGAGUGCAUUGUAGAAUUUUAUUUAUUCAUUAAAUGUGAAUUGUUGGCGAUUUAAAUUCGUUUUUAGUGUUAGAACAUCACGCAGCGCCACGGAGCACAACGAGAGAGAUAAUUCACAGUCUUUGUUCCAUUCAUCGACGACACACACAGCAAAAAAACGCGAGCGAAGAAUGUAAAAGGUGCAAAUUUGUGAGAAAAUAAACAAAAAACAAGGCGUUUCGAGUGGAAAUCGCAGCCGAAUUAGAAAUGCAAGCGACUUUCUCGACAACUUUGAAGUCAAUUUCUUAAAAAAAAAAAAUUGCAAAUGAGCCAUUUGCCAAUUGAGGAGCCUUCUUCUGCCGUCACGAUGUCAAUUACUGCGAAUGCGUCGUCGCAAGGCGGUGAAAAAAUUAAGACUGAUUCAGUCAAGGAUGGUGAUCAACACAAUCCCAGCUUUGAUUCCUCCAAAGGACUUGCAAAUCACGAACUUGUCAUCACUAGUCUGUUAGCGGGCGCCGUUGCAGGCGCAUUAGCUAAAACCGUUAUAGCACCAUUAGAUCGUACAAAAAUUAAUUUUCAAAUAAAUAAGGACAGACAAUUUAGCUACCGGGCAGCGGCAUUAUUUCUCAAGAACACAUACCAAAAUGAGGGUUUCCAGGCACUGUGGCGCGGUAAUUCCGCUACAAUGGCUCGCAUCAUCCCGUAUGCCGCUAUUCAGUUCACAGCACACGAACAGUGGAAAAAAUUUUUAAGGAUAGAACAGAAUCCAGAUGACCAUUUCCGACGAUUCCUUUCCGGUGCAUUAGCUGGCCUAACAGCGUCAUCCCUCACGUAUCCCUUAGAUUUAGCGCGUGCCCGCAUGGCAGUGACAGACAAAUAUUCCGGUUACAAGAGUCUCCGUCACGUUUUCGUCAAGAUCAUUCAGUGUGAGGGACCGAAAACGCUCUUUCGGGGAUACACUCCUACGUUACUUGGCGUGAUUCCGUAUGCCGGGAUGAGUUUUUUCACCUACGAUACUCUAAAAAGGGAAUAUUUUAAAUUAACGGGCGAAAAGCAACCAAGCACAAUGUAUUCGCUGCUUUUUGGCGCAAUUGCGGGCGUUUUCGGUCAAUCAUCGAGCUACCCGUUGGACAUUGUACGACGACGCAUGCAAACGACGGGAGUUACGCCCGAAUGCCAAGAUCGCUAUCUCACCAUCGGCACGACGAUACGGAAAAUUUACUACGAAGAGGGAAUAAUUCACGGUUUUUACAAGGGACUCAGCAUGAAUUGGAUCAAGGGACCCUUGGCAGUGGGAAUUAGCUUUGCGACAUACGAUCACAUCAAGGAACUCCUGAGGACACUCGUGCAUUUGCACGUGAGAUGAGCUACUUUUGCUGAAAAAAUGUGAAAAAUUCCGGCGUGGAAACAAAAAAAAGUGCGUUAAAUUUAGUUAAAAAAAAAAAUUAAAAGUAGUUAUGAAGUCAAUGCUGUUAUUUUAUGAGAGAAAAAAAAGGAAAUUUGGCGACAAUAAUUUUGCACACACAAAAUUUCAUCAGUUUAAUUAAUUAUUAAUUAUGUACAAGUACAUGUCCUGUUAAAAAUUUAUUUCGUAAGUGCCAUUAUUUAAAAAAAGAGAUAAAUUUAAGAGAAUUUUAUAAAAAACGAUAAUGUAAAAAAAAAAUAAAUAAUGCAAAGAAAGUUUUAUGUGGAAUAUCUUUUUGUACACUUAGCGGCGUAUGAAAUUGUAAAUAAUUUUUAAAAAAUAAAAAAAAUC